AUGUUCCUCAAAGGAAUCAUCAACAAGGCAAAGGAGAGAAAGGAAAGAGAGAGGCAGACGAAGGCGGUACCCAUCCCUCCACCGCGCAGCACCAACCCUGAACCCCAGGCUAGUCCCAUCGUGGGAUCCUCACACCCCCGCCCCGAUACACCCAUCAUCUUUCGCAAAGUCGACCCUGACUGGACACCUGACACCACUCAAUGGACGUGGGACAACCCUUGGCCGCAUCAGGAGCACCUCUCUGGCGAGGAAUGGAAGAAUGUGGGGAGGAACGCAUGCAAUGAGUGGUUCGAUGAAGCGGAGGACGAUGGCGUAGACUGGGAGUUGUAUGGAGAUGCCUUCCUGAUCGCAGUAAACCUCAUCAACAUGAACAUGUACCUGGCCCAGCUCUAUGAGACUGUGACAGCCAAAAAUUUUCUGAGCACCUACCUGCAGGGAAACAAAGACACCUCCCUCAUGCACUUCAAGCCAUAUAUAUAUUAUCAAACAUUUGUGAGCAUCAUCAACAAGGCAAGCAAGGAGGGCAACAAAAACAUGAGCAGGCUGAGCAAGCCCAGUGGCCCUGCCAUUGCAAGGAAGAAGCUGACAUUGAUGGACAAGGUGGGCAUCAUUGGGUUCAACAUGAGGGAGAUGGAAGAAUCACCACACCAAGCUCUUGGUUAUGCAAGGAUUUGUGUAAAAGAACUACUCCAACAAGGUGCGCUGGCCAGGUGA